AUGAAUACCAGACGUCGUAGUACCCGAACAAAAACUGGAAAGAGUAAAGCUACUACUACUACUGAACACAAAACCGAAGAUGAAAAUACAUGGUGGGGAGUGAUCAAUGGUCCGAUGAAAAGCUAUCUUACAGUGAUAGGAGAUGGAUUGGAUUUCCCAAAGAACAUAUAUGAAGAUUUGAAACUGACAAUAAAUGACAUCGAGUUAUUAAGUGAUGAAACGCGAGAAUUAUACCUUCCAGAACGGAAAGAUCCGGUUACGAUAAACAUAGUUCCAUCUGAUAGCGCCUCUGCCGAUCUACCUCAAUUAUCGUCAUUAAGGCUAUCUUCUUACAUAUCAAAUCACACUGGUGUAGUUACAAACGUCGGUUUCUCUAUAUGGGCCUUACACUGGUGUCCUUCGCUACCUGCUGGAUCGCUACAAUACCUUGCUGUCGGUGGAUACAAGUCAACGACUGACGAGCAUCGUGAGAUCGGGAUCAAGCAGACGACGAAUAUGCAGAACAUUAUUCAAAUUUGGAGAAUUGAUUGCAGAGAUGAAAAAGAUAUUAAUGGGGAGGAGAGAGGUUCACCGUAUUUGGAUAUGGUUAUUUGUCACGAUUAUGGCUGUGUUUAUGACUUGAAAUGGUGUCCUUAUGGUGCGUGUGAGUUGGUAGAUGGUGACGUGGAAGAGAAUGAUAGUGACAAUGCAGAGACGCACGUCAAGAGGUUAGGAAUACUUGCUGGGUGUUUUGGAGAUGGAACAGUAAGGUUCUUUGUAAUACCUUCACCGGAUGAGAUUCGACGUCGGCUGGGAAAGAAUGAUGCAGAAACUCUGUACAUCAAAUUCAAGCAGGAAAUAAUCAAACUAUCCCUUCCGGGCAUAUUAUGUUGGACGCUUGAAUGGGGUGGUCAUGAAAAGGUCGCUGUUGGCUGUACAAACGGGUAUAUUGCGACAUGGAAUAUUUACGACAUACUUUCGAACCAAAACGAACAGCAAUCCAUCUCGUAUUCAAAUUUACUUUGUCCAACUCGCUACGUCUGGUCACACGAUUCUAGUGUUCGUCAAGUUUUAUGGAACUCGCACUCCAACCCUACGCAUAUUCUAUCCUGUGGGCACGAUGGGAAAAUACAGAUAUUCGAUGAACGCGACCCGUGCAUGAAAUACGACCUUCGGCAUUUACGGACUGUUAUGAUGAGUGUGGCAUGGUCUACUCGUUAUGCCGGAUUGAUGUUUCCUGAUCAAGAAUAUGGUGUCAGAUUCGUGAGGACGGAGGAUUUCGCCAAGACUAUGAGAGUUUUGCAACAUCGGCAGUGUAUUUGGGUGAGUGAUGGUGGGUGA